AUGCACCAUGGCAUGGGAGUGUCAUCGGGAGUUCGUUUCGGCAAUCAAAGUCGCACAAUGCAACCCAGAAAUGGGUUCUGCGACAAAAUUGAAAAUUACAUAUCCGAGCUUAGACAGUGGGCAGUAUGGAGGGCGAUAAUAAUGGGCCAGUUCUUAUCGGUUGUACUAUGUUUCAUGACGAUCUUCAACCAUCACAUAAAUACAAUGGAUCAAGUAUCUCUCCCCACAACACAAAAUGUACCCCACUAUGUGAUGAUGUGUCUUGUUUACACUACAUGGCUGUCCUGUAGAGGAGCAGGACACGGUUUAAUUUCCGUGAUAAGAGCAAGAGGAUGGAGAUAUCUACUUUUGGCUCUUAUAGAUGUUGAAGCCAACACUCUCAUCACUUCUUCACAUCGGUUCACAAGCCUUGCUAGCAUACAGCUGUUGGACUGUGUAGCAAUUCCAGUCGCUUUGGCACUUUCCUGUCUAGUACUCGGUGUGAGAUACAGAAUAGUUCAUAUAGUUGGUGUGUCAAUUUGUCUAAUGGGUGUGGGAUGUCUCGUUUGGGCAGGAAUUGAUGAGGAGAAAGACCCGGCAUCAACAGGAAAAAAUCAGUUAGUUGGUGACAUGCUUUGCUUGGGAGGUGCCAUUCUAUUUUCGGUUAUCACAGUUUUGCAAGAAUUAGCUGUCAAAACUGUCGAUAUCAUAGAGUACUUGGGGAUGAUCGGUUUUUUUGGCACUAUUCUUAGUUGUGCUCAAGUUGGAGUACUCGAACGAUUGCAAAUCGAAUCCUUUGGCUGGGAUAAUACUCUGACAAUUACCUAUUUGGUUGUAUACUCCAUCACCCAAUUUGUAUUCUAUUCUCUCGUACCAGUAAUUCUGUUUGAAUCUGGAGCAACGGCCUUGCAACUGGCUUUAUUGACUUCGGACUUCUGCAACGUGUUAAUUGGAAUUCUCAUCCAUCGAUAUAAGUUCCACACUUUGUACUUCCUUUCUUAUAUGCUCACCAUGAUGGGCAUUUAUAUUUAUGCGAUAAAAAGAACACCGAUGUCAUCUGGCUCACGAAGACAACGUCCGGAACCACCACCUGCCCCAGAUUAUAGUGAUAUUAUUUUAAGACACAUGUCGCAUGACACUUGCGAGGUGGAGAUGGCCACCAGUUCAGGAAUGUCAGGAAUGAGUGGAACUCUCGACAUGCGAGCAUCGACUUUGGGCAGUGAAAGAGAAAUUAUGGAUGCUACCAGUUUGCCAUUGAGUGUCAGCUCUGAUACUGCAUUUACGUCAUUUUAUGGGAGCCAAACCAAUCUGAAAGUCCCAUCGAGAUCUGGAAAAACACCUUCAAAUUCCAAUCUCAAUAAUGAAAAUGUCAUAAUGCGCUCAUCUUGAUGAUGAAGCCCUUUAUGAUGAAGAAUUCGUGUCAAAAACACAAAAAAGUCUUCCAUUGGUGGAAAUAAAAAUAUUCAAUAGAUCAAUAAACUCUUCGAAUCGCAAAUUAACUUACAAAAUUUCGAAUAUUCAAUAUUUUAAAAAUUGAAUGUUAAUUGGCAAAAGAUUUCAAAUGAAAAUCUAAUUUAAAAAAAUAAAUUAAUUGAAAACAAAUCCACCAAAGAAGACAAUGAAAAACAGACACGUUAAAACAAUCGAUAAUAAUGCUAAGCUUAUUUCUUUGACACCUUUUCUGUUUUCGAGAUUAUAACUAAAAAAAAAUUAAUUGGAUUUAGGCCUACUCGCACACCUCGAAAGACUGAACUUCAUAUAAUAAUUACACAUUCAUUCGAUUUUGUAAAAUUAAAAAUACAAAUCUUUCUUAAUUUACAUACUACAUUAACAUGUAAGACUUUUCUCGCCCAUUGGCGGCAUUCUAAAAUCUAAGAAUAAAAUUAGUAAGAUGAAUAAAUAUAAAACCAUUCUUACCUCUAAGACUAUAAUAGCUUUUGGAGGAAGAAUCGAUUAUUUAGACCAGUGUAGAUAAUAGAAGUAGAAGAGACCAUUCUACAAUAAAUAAUGAACUUACAGUAGAUAAUCAUUCAUUUAAAAUACAUACUAAAGUAUGUAAAAUUAUAAAUUUAAUUUAAUUGGUAGUUAGGACACUGUAUAUGUUAAUAAAUUAAAAUUGGAUAUAAUUAGUUUUAGCGUAUGUGUUUUUAAUUAUUGAUUAUCUACCAUAGGGUGGUCUCUCCUAUAUGGUACUAAUAAAGAAAAUCAUUUUAUUAAUUGAUAUAUUUCCAAUAUUGAAAAUUCUUUUUCUAUUAUGACAAAAUAUCUGUUUAAAUUUUUCAGAACAAGAAAUGCACUUUUAAUUCGUAAUUCAAAAAGUUUCCUAUAAAUUGUGUACAUUUUACAUCUACCCUGAUUUAAAUAGUCGAGAAUAGCUGUCAAGUAUCGACUUGUAGAAGCCAGAAAAUUGGCCUGUAUUCUUAAUAUUAUUAGUUAAUAUGGGACGACUGAAAAAUCCUAAAAAAUAAUUUUCCUGACACUUGAAAAUUUGCCAAAAAAGUAUUCAAAAUAUAAAACUCUCAAAUCACGAAAUCCCCAAAUCUAAACAGUUAAAAAAUGGUUAAAUAAUGAAAUUAUGAAUUUUUGGGUGUUUUAAAUUUUCGAUAAUUUUAUAUUUUGGAAAAUUUACAGUAUAGAGAAUUUUAUUUUUUGAGAUUAUUCACUCGGCUCUUUAGAUUCGUCAAAAUUAUCGUUUAUACGAGUAUUAAUAAUUAUACAUUGCGGCGAAAAUGUGCCAAAUUUUAAUCUCUCCAAGAAACAAUAUGCUUAAGCUGGUUUAAAAUAAUUUUAAUUCAAGAAGAAAAAAACCACUUUGGGGAAUUUGAUUGUGACAACACAGUAUUAUCUACUAAUUUUAUUGAAAUAUUUCAAAACAUAUUCUUAUUCAACUCUAACGGAAAUUCGAAACCUAGCUAGAUUAAUCAUAAGAGGAGAGAAAAAGAUUUGAGUUUGUUAAUAAUUAAUUCCUUGUACCUGAUUCUGAGAAUAUGGCCCAACAAAAAAAACCUCUUUCGUUCAAAAAAUGAUUAUAUUGCAUUUAUUUUUCUAGCUCAAUAUGUUUGAAAUAGUUAAUUAUCAAGAAAUAUCUGACCAACGGGAUUAUUAUUCAGUUAAGAAAUUCUACUUUGGUGGAAUUUAAGCUUUAAGAAAUUAUUUUUAGCAUAUGUAUUAGAUAGAUUGAGAUUUAUAUUAAUUUAUUAUUUAGGGUGGAAAAACAGAUCGUACAGUUUCUAAAGAAAAAGUGUAACCCCAUUCAGACUAAUUUUGUAAACAUUUUUACUUGCUGUUUUUUAGUAUUUUUUGUCUAGUAUCUUAGGAUGAAAUAUUAAAUAAAAUCCUACUGCUCAAAGUGGUUUGUGAUUACUGGGUCUUGCGCACUAUUAUAGCUUUAUUUUAAGGACUGUGUGAAAUGUUUUCUGAAAAUAAAUAAGACAAUGUGAA